AUGCCGUGGACACAAGCCUCGUUCCUGGCGGGGCAGUCAGGGCAGUCCAGGCUCCAGAAGUCGAUUGCAGGCAAAAGUGAAGAAGCAACUGAUCAAGCCAAGUUGCCAGAAGUCGUUGCAAAUGAUGGGCCGAGGCCCAUGCUGCGUCCUGAGCCUCUUGUGCCAGAUGACACUGCUUUGUCUGCAUGUCUUCCGCCACCUCCAUUGCUGAUUUCGCCAGAGCCUCCGACCCCUUCGCGUGUGAAUCCUUCGCUUGGCCGAGCUACUGGGCCUGCUACACCGGCCGACAUGCUUCCUGCAUUGUCACCUGUUCCGGAGUCUCCAGCGCCGAUGCUGGUUGAAGAGGGUGCAAGCGCUGGCGGGGAUGCGCCAGUACCACCUGCUGCUGCGAGCAGCAGCGAUGGAUCUGUUGCGAUUGGCGGAACAGUUCGCCCAGCACCUGUGCAGGCCGGACCAUCGGCCAGAAAGCGACUGAGGCUAGAUGCUGUUCAGACAGAUGCAAGCGGAAAUCAGUUGUAUCAUCAAGAUGAGGAAGUUGUCCUUGAAGGUGAGGUAGCCGAAGAAUAUCUUGAGUGUGCUGAUGCAGCUGAUUGGGUUGAGUAUGAAAGUGAAGCCGAGCUUGAGGUACCAUCUUGUUUGAUUAGGCCAUUUUCUGAAAGUGAACCAAUUUGCAGCCCUGCAGAACUUGAUGAGAUAGAUGCUGCAGCAGAUGAAUUUGAGUUUCAGCGGCUGUCGGGAAUUGGGGUCAUUAGUGAAGUGCCUAAUCGACUUGAAGGCCACAGGACGCUUACGACCAAAAGCGUGCGCGCAUGGAGGCCAAAGGUCUACAAAGGAUCGAAAGUUUGGCUGAGGCGUUCUCGCCUCGUGGCGCGGGAGUAUGCACACUUAGAUCCCGAUAGGCCUGGGUUGUUUUGCCCGACAACGAACCAGAUUAUGCUGCGUGUGAUUCCAGCGCUCUUCUUGAGACGCCGCGAGGAAGGCUGGUCGAUGCUAGCGCUCGAUGUGAGCGAUGCUUUUCUCCAGUGCAGCCAGCAGCACCCGACUAUCACUGGAAUAGGUGAUAAGUGGUUCAAGUUGUGGCGUAUGCUCCCGGGACAGCGGGACGGCAGCGUGACAUGGUACAAUGAUUUUACAAAUGAAAUGAAAGUCGCUGUCGGAGUUGAGUUGCUUCCCGAAAGCCCCGCAUUGUUCAGGCUGCCCAGUGGAGCAGGCGGAGGCUAUGUGCAUGUCGACGACAUGCUGGUUUCUAGCGAGUGGAUUGAGCACAUUGGGGAUCAAGUAUCUUUCUUGAAAAGGCGCCACAUCCUUGUAAGCCCCACUUUGCUAGUGAUAGAGCCUGACAUCAAAUACCUUGAUCGUCUCAUGCAAGUCACCGGGUUAGCAAAUGCAAAGGAAAGGUUCAAAGCAGCUCCGUUUCCGACCGGAGGCCUGCCCACCGAGCUCGCAUCUGAUCGUGAGUUAGAUGCAGCCACUGCCAGCCGGUAUCGCUCAGGUGUCGGUAUUCUCGCUUAUAUGUCUUCAGACCUUGUGGCGUGCCAAUUUGCGAUUCGAUACCUGACCACCUAUUCUCACUCGCCCACUGAAGGAUCAUGGAAGUUGUUGCGGCACGUUGCAUCGUACAUCAAUUGCCACCGCAACCAUGUGAUCGGGCUCUCGAAGCCUGUGUCUGGCAAGGGCCUUAUCUGCGAUAGGUCCCGCGAGGAGAAUUCCACUGUGCUUGAAGUUUGUUCAGACUCCGACUGGAGCGGCUGCAAAAGAACAAGGAAGUCCGUGAGCUCUUGCGCGAUUCUCUGGGACAACAUGCUGCUAUAUGCACAUAGCAAAACCCAGAAGACAAUCAGCUUGAGCAGCGCAGAAUCGGAGUACAAUUCCCUUGUGUCUGCUGCAGCAGAAGGUAUUUUCUUGUCAGCAUGCAUCCGAUUCCUCCUUCCUGAAUACACGCUUGAGCAGAUUUGCCUUGUAGACAACUCAGCAUGCCGAGCCCUGGCGUGCCGACAGGGAGUUGGGAAAAUGCGCCACAUCAGUGGCAAGCUUCUCUGGCUUCAGCAAAUGACCAAGGACAAUGUGUUGUCCGUAGGGCCGAUCCCUACAGCUGAAAACGUGUCGGAUCUCGGCACAAAGCCACUGAAAGCAGAGCGGAUUGAAAAGCUGCUAGGCAUGAUUGGAAUCAGAUGUGCAGACAGCGGCUAUGCUGUUGUUGGGGAGUCCUAUCUCCUCUCGACAAGAGACAAACUGCAUGUCUCCCGAGUCGUCAAGCAAGGAGGGCUAAAUGCCCAGCAAAUCAUACAAGUUCUUGCCAUGCUUCUCCAAGUUGAUCGCGUCGCAGGUGGAACAAAUGAGCCCAAUACCCAAAAUGCCGAGGACGCCUUGAGCCAGGACGACGACAAUCUUGGAGUGUUUGCACAGAUUCUUGAAUGGUUUGUGUACAUGUGCUACCUUGUGCACGAUUUUGCACUCGAGCAUCCGACCGGGAUUAUGCUGAUUGUACAACUGCUGAUCUUGCUUAUGUUGUGCUGCACACUGACAAGCCGCAAUCGCGUUGCAGUGUUGAGGCAGCAAGCUGAGAGUGAUCAAGGCGGUGCGGCGAGCAACGGCACACCAGCGCCGAGUGUUGCCGUGCACGUGAAGGUUGAGGGUUCCACGGUUUCGUUAGCUAGUCCCGAACCUGCCGGAAACCCUAAAGUUAGCCAGCCCACUGCAACUGGUGCCAGCGCAGCAGCGCAUGCCGAGGAGCGUUCCAGCGGCGCGAGAGCGCACGCCGAUGAUCAUGAUGCUCCGGACCCCACAGCAAGCUCUUCGAAUGCCAGUGCGAUGCCGAAAGCAAUGUCUUUCCCUCCUCCGAGGCAUGUUAUCGAUGAGUUGAGGGCCGAGCAGCUUGUAUGGGUUACCAAAUCCAGAGGCAAGUCGUAUCAUCACAGGCGGACGUGCGGAACGCUUGGAAAUGCAAAGGCACUUGAAAGGAUCAGCAGACAGGAAGCCAUCAAUCGAGGUUUCAAGAAGUGCAAAUGCUGUUACGGCAGUACUUGA